AUGUCUCGCUGUUCUAUCAACGAUACCGAUAUAAGUUGGUUGUACGUAGAUACAGCUUAUCAAGACCUCAAAAAUAGAACUCACAUUGUGAAAACCUCAGAGGAUACUUUCAUCUGUCCCUACUGCCCUUACAGAAAACAGGAUAAUUCAUACAGGGAACUCCUACAACAUGCUUUUAUGGUGGAUCGGACUAGUUCCGAAAAAAUAAGUGCCAGAGAGAGGGCUAACCAUCUUGCUUUGCUGAAAUAUUUGGAAAAGGAUAUCGUUACCAUGCCUGGACUGUUAAAACCAGUCGAAAAAGAUACUCAAACAAGUUGGUUGUAUAUAGAUAGAUUUUAUGAAGAGCUCAAGAAGGGAAGUCUCAAAGUGAGAAUCUCAGACGAGACUUUCGCUUGUCCAUACUGCCCGAAAAUGAAGAGACCGGGCUACCUGUACAGAGAACUCUUUGAACAUGCUUCUGGUGUCAGUCAGAUUAGUUCGCAAAAGAUAAGUGUCAAAAAGAAGGCAACUCAUAUGGCUUUAAUGAAAUAUUUGAAAAAUGAUAUAAUUCUGAAUGUGACUGCUCCAUCUACGUCGAACCGAGGAGAAACUUCUACAGGCCACACUUCUAAGGAACAGGAUCUUAUGAUUAUGAAUGUGGAACAUCCAACAGAAUCAGCAAAUGGAGGCAUUCUUGUCGAUUCCGAAAAGCAGUUUGUGUGGCCGUGGACUGGGAUUGUGGUUAACAUUCUGACGAGAAUGACAGAAGACGGACAAUGUGUUGGUGAAAGUGGUUCUAAGCUAAGGGAUGAAUAUCGAAUCCGAGGCUUUAAUCCAAGUAGAGUCCGCCCACUCUGGAAUUCCUCGGAUCACACUAGAGCUGCAGUCGUGGAAUUCGAUAAAAGUUGGUCGGGGUUAUAUAAUGCAUUGGCAUUUGAAAGAGCGUAUGAAUUAGAUCAUCAUGGGAAAAAGGAUUGGCUUUCUCAUACCGGACAGAAAUCUGGUCUCUACGCGAGGGUUGCCCGAGCGGAUGACUAUCAAAUGAACAAUGCAAUCGGGGAACAACUACAGAAAAUGGAUGUUAAGACAAUACCUGAAAUCAUGGAACAUGAUGAUAGAAUGUUUGAUACACUUGUCUCUAGUUUGAAUAACACUCUUCAGGUAAAGAAAAACAAGAUAAAAGAAAUGGAAGUAGAAUGCGACCAAAUUACACUUCACAUGGACGUUGUAACAGGCGAAAUAGACAGACUUUCUCAAUCUCAUUGUGAAGAGAUGAACAAAAUACAGUCAAGUGCAACUCAACACUUUCACAGUGUUUUGAAUGGUCAUGAACUACUAAAGUUGCAACUGGAAUCACAGAAAAGAGAACUUGAGUUGCGAAGAAUUGAACUGGAAAAACGCGAGGCGAAUAAUGAAAUUGAAAGAAAAAAGUUGGAGGAAGAGAUUAAUGAGACUUCAAAGAAAAAUGGCUUUCUUGAAAUGGCUGCUAUGGAGCAACAGAAAGCUAGUGAAAAUGUUUUGAAACUCGCCGCAGAUCAAAAGCGGCAAAAAGAACAACUCCAUGCAAAAAUCAUCGAGCUUGAAAAACAACUAAAUGUGAAACAAAAACUGGAAUUGGAGAUUCAACAACUAAAAGGAAAGUUAAAUGUCAUGAAGCACAUGAAAAAUGAUGUAGACUUUGAUGUUCCAGAUAAGAUGUAUGCUUUACACAGAGAUUUAAGAGAAAAGGAACUGUCGCUUCGUGAGAUGAACACAUUGAACCAAACACUGGUCGUUAAAGAGCGUAAGAGCAAUGAUGAAUUGCAGGAAGCUCGAAAGGAAUUGAUUACUACCAUUAAAGAGAUGCCGAGGCGUGGCAAUAUUGGCGUGAAGAGAAUGGGGGAGCUUGAUAGUAGGCCAUUUCUAGAAGCUGUGAAGAAGAAAUUUAACGCGAAAGAUGCAGAAGAUAGAGCUUCGAAACUGUGUUCGUUAUGGGAAGAGUAUCUGAAGGACCCGGACUGGCAUCCAUUUAAAAUUGUUAUAAUUCAAGGGAAACAUCAGGAAGUUAUAGAUGAUGAAGAUGAAAAGCUGAAAGAGCUUAAGAAUGAGAUGGGGGAAGAAGUUCAGGGAGCUGUGGUAGCAGCAUUGAAAGAGAUAAAUGAAUAUAAUCCGAGUGGACGGUAUGUAACCUCGGAGUUAUGGAAUUAUGCAGAGGGAAAGGAAGCAAGUUUGCGAGAAGGAGUAAAAGUUUUAUUGAAAGAAUGGAAAUUAAAAAGACGGAAAAAGGGAAGGAGAUGA